AUUCCAUAACAAGACUGGCAAGUCGCGACUCCUGCGCCAGACUGCCGCCGGCGUCACAGCACACCCGCUCGCAACAGAGUUCAAGGUCGCGCGCCGGCUGCCAAGUUCACAGGAUCGCCGACUGUGGCGGUAGCAACAGCGCCGGCAGCCGUACUGUGCACAGUUCCGCGUGCAGCGUCACAGUCAGCUGGUGGCUCGGCCGUGUAGGUUAUGAUAAAUAGUGGCGGCGGGCGUCCUGCGUCUGUGACAGCACCGCACCAUGGCGCAGUCCGCAGACGCCGACCCUGGCUCCCUGUCAGACAGUGGAAAUGACUUGAACGAAGCCACGACAUGCUCUGUAAUCACGAGGCACAUGAAGGAGUACGCCAAGGACUUCUGCAGCACGAAGACUCUGAAGAGAAGAUUCCCCGUGAUCGAGUGGUUGCCUCGCUACAGCUGGAACUACCUGCUGCACGACAUACUCGCUGGUUUCACCGUGGGGCUCACUGCCAUCCCGCAGGGAAUUGCCUACGCAGUCGUAGCUGGUCUUGAGCCACAGUAUGGUCUGUAUGCUGGCAUCAUGGGGGCAUUUUUGUACAUUCCCUUUGGAAGCUGCCACAAUCUCGUCAUUGGGCCGACUGCUAUCCUCGCGCUAAUGGUGCAGAGUUCAGUGUCCAACUACGGUCCUGACAUAGCUAUCCUUCUUACUUUUCUGACUGGCUGCAUCAUUGCCCUUUUGGGACUUCUACAUUUAGGCUUCCUUGUGGACUUCAUAUCCGUACCAGUAACUUCAGCCUUUACAUCGGCUGCUGCUCUCAACAUAGCUUCGUCUCAGCUGAAAGGUCUCCUGGGUAUUGGAGGGAAAUCUGAUAGCUUUCUUGAGUCAUGGAUAAAUGUCGUCAACAACAUUGAGCAGACUCAGCUGUGGGACGUUGUACUCGGCGUAUCAACCAUAAUCGUACUAGUCUUUCUACAGAAAAUAAAUGAAUUUGACAAAAAGCGAGACCUGUCUGGUAGUGGUACAGCAAGAAAGGCAUUUAGUAAGGCACUGUGGUUCCUAUCACUUGGUCGCAAUGCAAUUGUUGCUGUGAUUGGAACUGGCUUAGGCUAUGCCCUUUUCAAAGAUGGAGAAGCCCCUUUUAAGCUAACAGGUGACAUUGGACAAGGCUUGCCCCCAUUUGAGCUUCCACCUUUUUCAACAAACUUUAACAACAACACUUAUGAUUUCUCACAAAUGACAGAAGCACUUGGUCCAACAAUUGCAACCCUUCCUGUUGUAUCUAUCUUGGAAACUGUUGCCAUUGCUAAGGCAUUCUCCAAAGGUAAAGCAUUUGAUGCCACACAAGAGUUACUUGCCUUGGGGAUCUGCAAUAUUGCUGGUGGAUUUGUUAGAAGCAUGCCAAUAACUGGAUCUUUCACUCGUACAGCUGUAAACAAUGCCUCAGGAGUAAAGACAACAUUGGGAGCACUUUUUACAGGAAUUUUGAUUCUCUUGGCACUGAGCUUCCUGACAUCUACAUUCUACUUCAUACCUAAAGCAACAUUAGCUGGAAUCAUCAUGACAGCAAUGUAUUUCAUGAUAGAUGUUGCAAUAUUAAGCUUGUUAUGGAAAACAAAGAAGCUGGAUCUUAUACCCUACAUUGUCACAUUUUUUUGCUGCAUAUUCCUUGGCCUGGAAAUGGGAAUUGGAAUUGGAGUUGGAGUUAACUUACUGUUCCUGUUGUAUGAUUCAGCUCGGCCCCGGUUAUUAGUAGAUGAAAUGGAUGUCUGUGAUCAGAAGGUGCUGCUGCUGUCACCACAGCAGAACUUGAGGUUUCCUUCUGCAGAACACAUCCGUGAAGUUGUUGUAAACAUCUGUGCAGAAUCUCCUCCAUCAUCUGUUGUGCUUGAUGGUAGCUUAGUGGGGCAGAUUGACACAACUGUUGCCAAGGUGUUAAAAUUACUUUGUCAAGAUCUGAAGAAUCGAAGUGUGAGCUUUUAUCUAUGGAGGUGGAACAGGCAGACAGAGAAGUCAUUUCUAGGUAUAGAUAUGAAAAUGGGGUCAUAUUUCACCCAUGCAGACACACUUGAGGAUGUAUUCAAAGUUACAGACAAAGCAAAUGAGAAGGGGGACACAGUGACAGAGCCUCCAGCAAAUUCUGGUGAACCAUGAAAGUUAUUAGUGAAUGCCUGAUUUCCUACAUAGGCACUAUAGCAGCCUAAUCAGAAGGGAUGGAGAAGAAGCAAAACUGAGUUUGAGUGUAUCUUGACUGAAUAGAGCAGUUUAUACAUGAGCCAGUUUUACAUGCAAUUGAGGUCUCCAGUGUCAUCUGUAAGAAGUAAACAUCCUAGCAUUUUGGGAUUGGCUGACUUUAACAUAGACUGAGAUGUAUCACUGAUUAGUUGAAUAAGAACUGCAGAAAGUUUCUGCAGUAUUUUUGCUCAGUACAAUGUUCCUUAAAUGUGUAACAUGGCUUUCAGUAUUAAAUGUGGAGACUGAUAGUUAAACUAAAUGCUGUAAAAUAAAUUGAUCAAGGAAAUGGACAUCAUUAUAAUGUAAGAAUAAAGAGAGUUCCAAAAUAAUUCAGUCUGUUAACUUGUAUUGACUUAGGUUUACUUAAAAAUAGAAAAGAUAAAAAAAGAGAAAGGAGCUUCAGUCUCUUCAUAGCCUCAGAGAACUUUCCCUUUCGAAUCAUUUCAAUUGAGUUAAACCAACAUUUGAUUUGAGACAUCUGCUUUAUUAUUAACUUUCAUCUGAGUUGUCAAAUUCCUACUCUUUGUAAUUAGUUUAGUGAGUCUCAAAAUCCUUAUUGGUCUUAUUUGUUCCCACCCAACAAUAGUGCCUAUCAUUCUAUCUCUCAGACAUCACAAUAUUAUUACUGCAAUUCAGUACUUGAUAUAGUAAUUUUAGGAGUUUCUAUAAAGGUACUCUUCAGCACUCAAAAGACAUUUAAUAUUCUCCAUCAGACAUUUUGCCUGUUGACUUCUAUUUCAGGAUCUUCAGCCCACGUGUGUGUAGCAAUUUUCCCGAUAUUUUGGCAGUAUGAGUGGCUGCCAUUGUCAAAGGUUCACCCUCCAUUUCUGGUGGUGGAUGGCGGUUGGACCUGUGGCUGAAGGUUAUAUGUAUCUGUCAUGUUGAUGUGUGAGGAAUUGUCCCUUGUCAUUACUGCUGUGGUUCUCCCCUUGCUACCUGCAGUGGUCGUUCACUGCCAUUUAUGCUGGCAAAACACCAGGAAAUUUGUCAGACAAAUGUUGGCUGAAGAUCCUGAGAAGGAAACCUACAGGGAAUACAUCGGUAAGUGGCCACAAGCACCUCAAUAAUUUUGUACUCUCUGUCAGGUUGCUGAAUACAUGUCUACUCCUGUAUCUGAUUAUUUUCUGCACUAAUGUUAACUCUUGAAUGUUUUUGUAGCGAUUAUUUUGAUUCUGGUUUAUAUUCACGCUUUGCACUAUUUUUUGAUUAGAGACAUAUUUUUAAAGACAAAAGGUUUUAAUGAAUAUAUACAUUCACAGGUAAUCAUGGAGAUAAUGGGUUUAUUUCAUGUUCUGUGGAUCAUUUAUACAGUAAUUUGUAAUUACAGGAAGAAGUCAUUGAAGCCACCACAGACUAUUAACUGCUUGCUCUUGUCUGACAAGUAUCACAGUAAGCAAUUCGAAUUCCCCAAAAACAGUUUAAAAUUUCCCAGUGGGAUCUUUAUAAUAUUGCAAUUAAAAGUGAACCAUUUUUCAGUAUUAAUUCACACUACUAUGUGCUGAUGAAUACAAAAUCUCCUAGUCUCAAUGUUUUUGAACUUGGGUUCGGUCUUAAUAUCUCCUUUCUCCAUAUUAGUUCUUCAUGAGUAAUCUGCUAGAGUCUAAUCUUUUAUAUGUAAUUUAUGUAAUCAUAUUGUUAUGUGGUGCUCAAAUAGACACAAGUUAUCUGUUUUUUCAGAGCUCUCUAGAUUUUACAAUCACAAAGAAGCUCUUCUGCCUUAUUACUCGAUCCUUUCAUAUUUUGAUGGAAAUAAGCUAGCACAUGCCUUCUCUCUGCCAUUUAAAAUACGUAUUAUGGUUCUUCUGUUGUACACAUUCUCUUAUCCUGACUUGUUGCUGACAAUUGGCUCUGAGCCUUCCACUUUUUGUAAACAGUAGUGUAGAUCUUUUGUGAGAGCACUUCUGUGGUUUGUCAAUGUCACAUACAUUUUCUUACAGUAAUAAAAGCAAAAGAAAAUACCUAUUGCAUUGAAAAUGGGAUUAUAAGAGCUGCUUGUCUGCCUUGUCUCAAUUACAGCAAGCUUCAGUAUUAGGAGUGAUGAUAAUGUUGCAGAGUACUAAGUCUGGUUUUGCAGAACUGUAUUUUAUUUGUAACAUAAAUGCCAAACAGGACAAUACAACUGUCAAAAUACUAAUAUAUCACUGUUAAAGUU